UUUCAUUGGAUGUUGAAUCUGCAGGAACUUCGAUACACGCCGUGGAAUCUACCUACCCACUUGGCGGAGAGCGACUCCACCAACCAACCACCGUCAGCUGUCAUUCCUCCAGUUCACUACUUUCCGACCAUCUUUCAAAAAUCUAGAUUCCCCCAAAUUCUACAGAAAAAAAACCCAUCUUCAUCGUUGAACCUCUGACCUAACCCCAGAAUCUCGGAGCACAUGGCUUCCAAUUCAGCACCCAUCUUCACCCGAAACGAACAAAAGCCAAUGCCGAUCUCAACUAAAGAAGAAGAAGAAGCAGAAAACGAGCUUCCGAUAUCGAAUUCAUCCUCCAAAUCCGCCCUUUUACCCUCCAACCCCGACGACAAACCCCCUCGCAAACCAGUAACCACCACACUUCUCUUCGUCUGCCUCGUCACCUCCACCUGCGUCUCUCUCUCCGCCGCCGUCGCCUUCGCCUUUCUCUUCUUCUCCGCCGCCUCCUCUCCGGCUAACUCCCUUUCCACCAAUUCGGUCUCGAGAUCUCUCUCGAAGCUCAAACACCCAGUUGUUCUACUGAUCUCCUCCGACGGGUUCAGAUUCGGGUACCAAUUCAAAACGGAUACUCCGAAUAUCGAUCGGCUGAUCCGAAACGGGACCGAAGCCGAGCACGGGUUGAUUCCGGUUUUUCCAACGUUGACUUUCCCCAACCACUACUCCAUUGUCACUGGCUUGUACCCAGCUUACCACGGCAUUAUCAACAACAAAUUCUCCGAUCCCGUAACCGGUGACAAAUUCAACAUGGGCAGCCACGAGUCGAAGUGGUGGCUCGGCGAGCCGCUUUGGGAGACGGUAGCGAAUCACGGCUUGAAGGCUUCGACUUACUUCUGGCCUGGCUCUGAGGUGCACAAGGGUUCUUGGGAUUGCCCUAAAGAUUACUGUAUGUUUUACAAUGAAUCCGUGCCGUUCGAUGACAGGGUCGAUACCGUAUUGAACUACUUCGAUUUGCCGAGCGAUGAAAUCCCUUCAUUCAUGACGUUGUAUUUCGAGGAUCCAGAUCACCAGGGUCACCAGGUGGGGCCCGACGAUAAACAGAUUACUGAAGCGGUUGCUAAUAUAGAUAGAUUGAUCGGAAGAUUGAUAACCGGUUUGGAAGAAAGAGGAAUCUUCGAGGAUGUGCAUAUGAUUAUGGUGGGUGAUCAUGGCAUGGUUGGCACUUGUGAUAAAAAGAUGAUCUUUUUAGAUGAUUUGGUUAAUUGGAUCGAUAUUCCGACGGAAUGGGUUCAGUCUUACACUCCAUUGCUCGCGAUUCGCCCACCGGCUAAUUAUUCUUUGGCUGAUGUUGUGGAUAAGAUGAACGAGGGUUUGAAGUCGGGUAAAGUGAAUAACGGCGAAUAUUUGAAGGUUUAUUUAAAGGAGGACUUGCCGAGUAGGUUGCACUAUUCAGAUAGUUAUAGAAUCCCUCCGAUUAUUGGGUUGGUGGAAGAAGGGUUUAAGGUGGAGCAGAAGAAUUCGAAGAGUCAAGAAUGUGGAGGUGCGCAUGGUUACGACAAUGCGUUUUUUUCGAUGAGGACUAUUUUUAUUGGUCAUGGACCGGAAUUUGCUGUCGGUAGAAAGAUUCCGUCUUUCGAGAAUGUUCAGAUAUACAAUUUGGUUACUUCGAUUCUGGGAAUUGACGGAGCUGUCAAUAAUGGGACAUCCUCGUUUCCACAGGGUGUUCUUUUGCCUAGCCGUUGAAACUUGAAAAACUCCUUUAUCAUCCCCAAUCAAGUGGAACUACUUGGAGAAAUUGGACGGUUGAGAUUUUCCGUAAUGAUGAAUUAUCGCAAUGAGUUCAUGGCGAGAUUGAUGUAUAAGUAUUUAUUAAACUUCAUGCAUUUAUCAAGUUUGUUAGACGAAACCGAGUAGGUAUCGAUAUGUUGUGUAAUAUGCUCUCUGUAUUUGUAACCCUUUUACAAGGGGUAAUUUUUCGUCACUCGAUGAGUAGUUGAAUCUGUAAUUGUAAUCUUCUUGUUCAAGUAUUACCCUUUUACGUAUGAAUGCAUGUGGUUGAAGGGUAAGACUAGAGCGCCGUGUGUUCGAUAAAUUUAUUCGAAUAUACAAUCUUAAUUUGGUUUAUCA